AUGUAUAAUUCCAGAUCUUUAUGUAAAAUUAACUACUAUCUAUACUAGAUUAAUAAGUAUCUCCAAGUAGUGGAAGAAUAUAAAAGAUAUCAGAAAAAUUAUCAACUAUUUAAAUUGGAGUAGAAAAUGAGAGAUUCUAAAAACUUGAAUAAGCUGAACAAAGAAUUUAAUAAGCUGAAGAUGCAUUUAAUGAAUUUUAAGAAUAAAUCUUUACUAAACUUAAUGGACUUAGAGAUUAAGUAUAAUAUAAUCAUAAGUAUCAGUUAGGAAAAUUACAAAAAUAAGUUGAAGAAGAUAAAUUAGCUAAAGAAUAAGCUAAUGAAACUAAAAAUAGAGAGGUUUAAGCAUUAGAAAAGAAAUUCUAAAAUGCAAUUGAAAAUGAAAAUUAAGCUAGAAAAGAAGGAGAAUCUAAAGUAUUACGUUUGUUAGAAGAUAAAACAGCAUUAUUAAGAACAGAAGUUUAGAAAGAAACAGCAAAUAGAAUUGAUUCUAUUGAAGGAAUACAUUAAGGAUUAUAAAAUGAUUUACCUAAAAUAUAAGAUGCUAUCAGAAAUGAAGCUACUGAAAGAGAUGAAUCAGAUUAAAAUGUAUUUAUUUAAGAAUCUAUUAUUAGGUUAUGAAAUCAAUCACUGAUGAACUUGUUAAAUUAAGUAAUUUAAUUAAUGUAGAAAAGAGAAAUAGAGAUGAAAGUGAAUAAUCAAUCUUUGAAAUGUUAAAAGAUAUCGUUAAUAGAGUAAAAGUAGAAUUAGAUUAAGAAAAGAAAACAAGGUAAUCUAUGUAUUUAUAAUUUUGAUUAGAGAAUAAUCAGAAGAACAUCUUUUAAGUUUAUUAGAAGAUACAUGCAACAAAUUAAGUAUUGCAGCAAAUCUAUGAUCAAUUAUAUAAAUAUUUUUAUAAUU